AUGGCCUCCAUCGCUCUGCUGCAGAAGAAGCGCGCGGCGGCCUACGACCCCAAGAACCGCAAGGCAAGCGGCCAGCGCCGGCCGAGCUCCAACGGCGCGGCCCUGAACGGGGCCGGCAACCGCAAGACGCUGCUUCAGGCACUUGACCGCACUGGCCGCGCGCUGGCGGACCCGGCCGAGGGCUACGAGCUGUUCCCCAUCGACUUCUCGAUGCACGUGCAGAUCCGCCAGAACGUGGUGCAGCGCUUCCUGCAGACGCACCCGGAGGCCAAGGGCAGCGCGGCCGCCAUCCUGCUGCACGGCGGCGUGGAACUGGACCGCUACGACACGGACAUCCAGUACAACUUCCACCAGGAGAGCUUCUUCCAGUACCUCUUCGGCGUGCGCGAGCCCGGGUGCGCCGGCCUGCUGGACCUGGCCACGCGCCGGGCCGUGCUGUUCGUGCCGCGCCUGAGCGACGAGUGGGAGCUCUGGUGCGGCGACCGCAAGCCGCUGGCCUACUUCAAGGCGCACUACAAGGUGGACGAGGUCUACUACGUGGACGAGCUGGCGGCCGUGCUGGCCGACAAGCUCAAGGCCAAGAAGCUCUUCGUUCUGCACGGCAAGAACUCGGACAGUGGCCUGGAGACCACCACCACGUCUACGUUCGAGGGCAUCGACAAGUUCGAGGUGGACCGGCAGACGCUGCACCCGGUGCUGGUCGAGAGCCGCGUCAUCAAGACGGAGAAGGAGCUCGAGCUGCUGCGCUUCGUCAACAAGCUGUCGUCGCGCGCGCACGUGAACGUGAUGAAGAGCAUCCGGCCGGGCAAGAUGGAGUUCCACGCCGAGAGCGACUUCCUGCACUACGUGUACAGCAACGGCGGCGCGCGCUUCCACGCGUACACGUGCAUCUGUGGCAGCGGCCACAAUGCCUCAGCCCUUCACUAUGGCCACGCCGGUGCACCUAACGACAAGCUUCUUGAGGACGGCGACCUGUUCCUCAAUGACAUGGGCGGUGAGCUGCACGGAUACACCUCGGACAUCACGUGCACGUGGCCCGUGAAUGGCGUCUUCUCGGCGGACCAGCGCAUGGUGUACGAAGGCGUGCUGAAGGCGCACGACGCCGUGAUGGCCGCUAUCAAGCCUGGCGUUAGCUACGUUGACAUGCACUUGCUGUCGCACCGCGUGCUGACCCAGCACCUCCUGGAGUACGGCCUCUUCCAGAACGGCACGGUCGACGAGCUCAUGGACCACGAGAUCUCGGCGUACUUCUACCCGCACGGCCUGGGCCACUUGAUGGGCCUGGACACUCACGACGUCGGCGGCAUCCCCGUGGGCUACACGCGCUCGACCAAGAAGAUCCUGGCCAAGCUGCGCUGUGUGCGCAACCUCGAGAAGAACAUGGUGCUAACGGUGGAGCCGGGCUGCUACUUCAUCGAGGCCCAGAUCCAGGCCGUGCUGGCCAACCCGGUGACUGCCAAAUUCGUCAACCAGGAGAUGCUGUCUCGCUUCCGCGGUACCGGCGGCGUCCGAAUCGAGUCGGAUGUGGUCGUGACCGCUACGGGCGUCGAGUGCAUGAGCCAAGUGCCUCGGACUGUCGAGGAGAUCGAGGCCACCAUGCAGAAGGCGUAG